AAGAUAUAUUCUCUCUCGAAAACCCGAAGCGAGCGGACGUGCAGCGCGUGCCGCGUAGAUACAGAUACACAGCCCAUAGAUACAAUUUCCCUUGGCUCGUUUCGUAGGUGGUGUGUAUUGCAGCAGAAGCAUCAGCGAACGAGCAAAAGAGUCUCUGCGUGUGAGAGCGUUUCGGUGAAAAUUCAAUAAAACAAAGAGCCAAGUGAAAAUCGGUUCAAAUCGCCAAUUGCCCAGCGAUUCAAGAGGAAUAUCAGAGGGAUAAGAACAGGCAUUAGGAAAUAGUGUGUGUUGUUCGGUGUACUGCAGAUUGAAAAACCGCUGCGCGCGUGUGUGCUUUGUUUGAGUGUGAUUCGCCCGAUGCGUUUUGCCUAAUAUCAAUAAGAAGUGCAAAAAAUACAACUUUGUCUGCUGGAAAAGUAUCUAAACCCAAUUAUUCGCCGAAGAGCAUUCGUUUUAAUUCGAUUGACACAGCGAGUGGGCGAGAGGGAGAGGGGCGACUUGAGCGAGGUAAUAUAACUGUGCAAAUGGUGGUGGAGCUGUGAGCAGCAGCAACAACAACAAAUGUAGCGCCGCCGCUCAGAUCUCUUCGCCGCUUUGCUUUUGCGCAGAGAACCUCGGCGAAUUGCUGCGAAUUCGCCGCAGCUGUGUGUUUGGAAACACCUUGCUCCAAUAUUUUAACACCCCCCGCCCGCCGCCCCAUCGUCGGAAAUAUCCGAUUUUGCACGACCAUCGCUGUUUCAGUCUCAGUUUCGGUUCGCUUCGUGCGCUUUCUGCUGCCCUGCAGCGGAAAAUUCAACGAAAAAUCACUGGGCAGCUUGCAGAAACUCCCAAAAAAAAGGAAACGGAGGAGCAGCGAAAAGGAAAACCGAAAACGGGUUGCGAUUCUUGCACUUACCAAUGCUGGUUGGCUGCGUUCCGCACGCGAUUUCCUCUGUUGCUGCAUUUUCAUCCAAAUUUAAUCCCAAGACAACGACAACAAGAAGAACGGGUAAAACCAGGAGAACGGCAAGAAGAAGAGCCCCAGCACAAGGUGAAGAAGAAGAGCCAGCUCCAACAUUGUCGCCGCGACGUCAGAGUCGCUGCAGCGUCGCAGCUUCAUCAGCUAGCCAUGAACUACAACUACAACAACAGCUACAACUACAACUACAUCUGCAGCACCACCAGCCCCAACAACAACAGCAACCACAGAAGCAGAAACAACGAAGGCAGAGAACAGGACACGCAGCAGCAUCAGCAUCCGCAGCCACAUCAGCAACCAAUGCAGGCGGCACUGAGGACGGCGAGCCUUAGCUCCAGCUCCAACGCCAGCAGCUCCACGUCCACAUCCAAGACGAGAGCAGGAAUAACGUCGUUAAUCUAUUUACCGCCUUUCUGCUAUCCAUGUAAGCAUGUGCCUGCGGCCGGCACCACGACUCGGAGUCGAAGCCAGACUUUGAGCCAUGGCAGCGGGAGUUGCCAGGACAGCAGCUGCUGUUGUCCGCCCGGCUGGGAACAUAAAAAUUAUGAUAAACAUGCUUCAGCGGCGACGUUGACACCAGCAACGGCGGCAGUAGGAGCAGCAGGAGCAGGAGGAACAACAACUGCAACGGCAAGCAUCAUCACCACAACAGGACCCGCAGCGGCAACAAUGUCCUCCUCGUGGUCUGGUGAAUUCCUGCUGCCGGGUAUUCAGUUACCCGUGGCCGCAGCGGGGCAUAGCUGCGCCGAUCUCCGGCAGACGUCGCAAUUAGUUAUGCCCACUGUUGCUAGCGGGGAUGUGGUGGAAGUGGACGCAGAAGGCGGCGUCUUGGAAUGCGGCAAGCGAUGCUGGCGACGUGAGCGAAUCCGGCGCGAAGGACCAAGUCAUGCGUCUGCGGCGUCGCUGGCCCAGGUAAAUCCAAUCAGCACAAGCAACAGCACCAGCAUCAGCACUAGCCCAGCAACAACAAUAGAUGGAGCAUCGGGAGCAGGAGCGGUGGUUCCGACGACCGCUCACAAUUCGCAAACAACGACAAAAACAACGGCAAGGGGCACAACUGGUGCUGCAUUGCCGCAUGAUGAAGAGAAUGAGAAUGAUGAAUGUAGGUGCUUUAACUAUAACGGUGAUAUUAGUCUGGAUCGGCGGGGCGAGGCCGCGGAACUUUCCGGCAUUACGUGGCUGAUGUUCUUGUGGCAGCAUCUGCUGCCGGGCAACGGAAACAACACCCCCAAACUCAUCCGCGCCCACACCCACACCCACGAAUCCAGCUUCCCAGCGGGGACGACAACGAAAACAGCAAGGAGCAGGAGCUGCGCCAUGACGUCGACAAAAAGUUGGCUGGGACCACUGCUAAUGCUGCUCUUGGCCACGUCCGUCAGCGGCUGGGGCGGUCGACAAGAUGCGCCCACAAAUUGCACAUUUCCGGCGAGAUGGGAGGGCUCCUGGUUCCUGUCCGGCUAUCAGCAAUCCAUACACAUCAAGGGCUCCCAGUUCAGCUAUCGCGGCAGGUGUGCGGCCUCCGAUGGUAACAAAUAUCUGAUUGUCGACGAGAAAGGAUGUCAUCGUUGCCUGGUUAUCUAUGAGAAGCAUAAAAAUGUGCUCCAAUAUAAAGAAAGUGAGUGCGAAGGUGAUAGUAUGUAUAUGCAUCAGUCGAACCCAUCUGCACUGGCGAUGCGUAGCUCUAAUAAACAAAGUGAUCAUAGGGGGGGAGCUCAUCCCAAUACGAACGGGCAUUCAAGACUAUCUUCAUCGGAUCAGUACAUAAUGAGAUCCAAUGACGAUAUGAAUGAUUGUCCCCCAGACUUUUGCAAGGGCCGUGAGACUUUACAGAAUCUCUGCGACCAGAUUCCGGGCGAUGCCCUGCUCUACUCGCUUUUCCGGGAGAGCGCCGAGCCGGUCAAGUGUCCGCUCAAGGGACCCUUCAUCUUCACGUACAAUCGCGGGCACGGGGAGUGCAAGUCGCCGGUGUCCAACAUUGAGAGCUGCACGGAGGAGAGCCGCCUCCUGUUGAGCUUCCAGGCCUGUCCCGAUGUCCAGGGCACCGAGAGUACGGUCGAGGAGCUGACUUGCCUUGCAACCUGGAAGGACGGCAACUCACGCUACUUGGUCGGUCUCGUCUCGCACCAUCACGCCAUUUCGAACGAGGAGCGCUAUCGCUGCUUUGUCUACGAGAAAAUCUCCUCGCUGAUGGGCGGACCCAGUAUGCUCAGCUCCAAGGAUGCCGAAUAUAAGCUGGCCCAAUCCGGCGACGCCACUUGCAAUGGCUUAGACAGUGCCGAGGUCGGCUCACGUAUCAUGUCGCUGCGAAAACCGCCCAUCGCCGAGCGCUGCGACUUCCCGGCGUGGUUCAAGGGACCCCGCCACUGGCAUGCCCUCAUGGGCAAUGCCGUCUACAAUUAUCAUUCCAACGACGGGUCCGUGCACAUUAUUAAGCCCAACGGCUAUAUGGAGACACGUGCGCUGUGCGAGCAAAUAAAUAAACAGACGCCGACAGAAAUGAUGGCCGUGGUGCACUACACCACCGGGUGCCAAUCGGGAUUCAUGUGCAUGAUGUUCUACCGCCGGGACACGUUCGUCAUCGAGAUACAGACCGGCAAGCCUGCCAUUCGCCUGGAGGAUGCCUGUGCACCGGAUCACUUUGACAUCAAUAAGAUGGCCUACAUUACCUUGCUGGCAAGCAAUCCGGACUUGGCCAUUUGUCCCAUGGAGGGCAUCUACUCGCUACGUGGCGCCAUCGGACCGCCGUACCUGGCCACGCGCCACAAGCGCAAUCACAACGGAAAAUCGCAUCUGGGCCAUGGACAUCACCACCACGAGGGCGCUGACUCGGGAAAUUUCGGACAUAAAGGACACAGUUCGUUGAGCUUCCGAAACGCGGAGCGCAUGGAGCGCGGCUCCUGGCAUGCCAAUACCCGAGGCCUGCCCGUUCGCAGUCGCCGCAACGCACCCAAGGAUCCGCAGGAGCAUCAGCAGCAGCAGCAGGAGGCGUUGGUCCUGGAAAAGGUCAACAGCAGCAAUACAAGCGUGGGAUUCGUGGCCACGCGAAAUAGACGUGAUGUUCCCGGCUGUGUGCCCAACUACAAUGCCCAGCGGCAGCUCUGGGUGGGCUGUACGGCGGAGAACUUGAUAGACGUUAGUCCGCUGUGCAGCGUGGAUGGUGAAGAGGAGUACUCCUGCCACGGUUCCUGGAGCGAGAACAGCACCUUCUACAUCAUAGCGCGACACAAGGGCAGCAAGCACGGAGUGUGUCUGACCUAUCGACCCACGGAGGGCACGGCUGCCAAGUUGGUAGUGGGCGAUGCCUGCUAUCGUGGCACUCAGAAGCCGCCCGAUCACCAUUUGGAGGCCAACCUCUCUGUUUUGGGUAAAUGUGGCGAAACUGGCGCCAGUGCCGCACAAGUUCAUCUGGCCAACUGGCUGCUCCUGGUGGCGAUGGCGUCAUGGCUUCAGCUGCACAGCUGAGGGACAACAAGUGGCAGGAACUACAAGUAGACACACGUGGGCACCUAAGCGUGACAAGCCAAAGCGCUACGUAUACAUCACUAAUUCCCCGAAACCAAAUCCCAUUAUGAUCGACAUGUAUACAAGACACAUCUAAGACUUAUUGUAUAUUUCGUGUAGUAUGUGUAAGGCGAAAUCGAACCACUUCGCGCUGGUUUGGCUGUAUAUAAUGUAUUGUUUUUUUCUUUAGUAAUGAUACACACUUUUGUUUAGUUCUAAGUGCUUAAAAUAAACGAGAUUUCGAUAAUUAAGACACGCAGGAGCACACAA